UCAACACUCAUAACACCUCCAAAAAACACUCCAGCAGAAGAGAACCUUUCUACGGAAAAGUGCCUCUCGGGAAGAGGCAGGAGCGGUCCCUCCUGGGAGAAGCCUGCCUCCUGCGCGCGGGAUCGCCACGCCGCGCGCCACUCGCUUCCUACGACCUCGCAGGAAAAGGGUACAGCACCGGACCAGAAGCAUCAGCGCCGGCAUGAAAUUGGAGGUGUUCGCCCCACGCGCCGCCCACGGGGACAAGAUGGGCAGUGACCUGGAAGGUGCUGGCAGCAGCGACGCGCCAUCUCCGCUGUCCGCGGCUGGUGACGACUCCUUAGGCUCUGACGGGGACUGCGCGGCCAACAGCCCAGCAGCGGGUGGUGGCGCGGGAGAUCUGGAGGGCGGUGGCGGCAAGAGGAGCUCGGGUGGCGGGCCCAGUUCCCAGGACGGUUCCGAGGUGACCGACGACAGAGCGCAUACCUCCGCGGCAGGGCCGUGCGCGGGUAGCGUGGGCAGCGGCGAGGGCGCGCGCAGCAAGCCCUACACGCGGCGACCCAAGCCCCCGUACUCCUACAUCGCGCUCAUCGCCAUGGCCAUCCGCGACUCUGCGGGCGGACGCCUGACGCUGGCCGAGAUCAACGAGUACCUCAUGGGCAAGUUCCCGUUUUUCCGCGGCAGCUACACCGGCUGGCGCAACUCCGUGCGCCACAACCUCUCUCUCAACGACUGCUUCGUCAAGGUGCUGCGCGACCCCUCGCGGCCCUGGGGCAAGGACAACUACUGGAUGCUCAACCCCAACAGCGAAUACACCUUCGCAGACGGGGUCUUCCGCCGCCGCCGAAAGCGCCUCAGCCACCGGACGACAGUCCCGGCGUCGGGGCUGCGGCCCGAGGAAGUUCCACCCGGUCCCGCCGGGACCCCGCAGCCGGCUCCUGCCACCGGAUCCUCCCCGAUCGCGCGCUCGCCUGCUCGCCAGGAAGAGCGCUCCAGCCCCGCGACCAAGUUCUCCAGCUCCUUCGCCAUCGACAGCAUCCUCAGCAAGCCGUUCCGCAGUCGCCGCGACGGCGACACGGCUCUGGGGGUGCAGCUGUCUUGGGGCGCUGCUCCAUGCCCGCCGCUGCGUGCUUACCCCGCGCUCCUUCCCCCGGCGCCCGGCGGCUCCCUGCUGCCGCUCUGUGCCUACGGCGCGGGCGAGCCCACGCAGCUGACAUCGCGCGGAGCCGAGGUGCAGUCCGCAGCGCCUUUGCUGCUGGCACCCCUGUCCACCGCGGCCGCAGCCAAGCCAUUCCGAGGUCUCGAGACCGGCGGUGCGGCGCACCUGUACUGCCCCCUACGGCUGCCCGCGGCCCUGCAAGCAGCUUCGGCCUGCGGUCCGGGCCCGCACCUGUCCUACCCCGUGGAGACGCUGCUGGCUUGAAAGGAGCUCUGAGCUCAGCAGAGGGCCUGGGAUGGGAUCGGGGACUUCAUUUGUUGAGGAGGUUGGAAGGCAGGCUCCAGGGCUGUGCACCUUCCACUUUCCAGAGGAAUAGAGAUUUUUUUUUCUUUUUGUUUUUUCUCCUUGAGACGUGCCUUAAAGUUAAGCAUUUUGACCCAAGUGUUUUAACUUAGUCCAGACUAGUUUCCCUUGUCUUUUGUAACUGUAAGGAGGAUCAAAGCCGUUCUGUUCUAUUUUUCGGCUAAGCCUGUCCUCUUCUGCAUAAAGCCUUUCCUCUCCCUCCUACUCCUAUUAUUUUUGUUGCACCUUCCACUGAUUUAUCUUCCCUACCCACAAAAAAAGAAAGAAAAAAAGAAAGAAAGAAAGAGGAAGGAAGGAAGAAAGAAAGAAAGGAAGAAGUACAUCAGGGAACCACUCCAUGGGAUAAAUGAUAUGACUACUAUUUGGGGCCUUCAGACCCCGCUGGGUGUGCGUAUAUGGUGUUCAUAGGCAUGACUGAGUGUGAGAGAGCUAUCAAUCUUCAGAUAUUUUCUCUGCUAUCAACCAAUGCUUCACUGUGCCAAAAAAGGGGGAAAUGUUGGGUUUUGUAAUUAAAUUAUUUAUAUAUUUUUUUGAAAACUGAAUUGAAAUGUUGCAGGCAACGGCUACAGCUUUAUUAGUGGUUACCCAACUGUGGUCUUCUUGGGCCAAGCAAUUUCUGUAAAGGAAAAGUUAACAUUAUGUUUGUGGGGUGCCAGGGUCACCACCACACGAAACCCAGUGUGAUUUUUAUUUUAAUAUUAUUUGUGUUUGUGUAUAUAUUCAUGUAUAAAUUUUAUGAAGCCCA